UUUGAUUUUAGUUUUUGUCUGUGUGUGUCAGUCUGUUAAGUUAUAUUCUGUGGUGAUGUUUCUUUUUAAGUUUUUAUUUUCGUGACAUCAAAAGUUUUAUUUUGUUUUGUUCUUAGGUUUUGUUAAACUUAAUUAACGUUGAGUUGUUGUAAACGAGUGCAUUAUGGAUUUAUUAAAUUGAUUUAUUGCAUGUAGAUGAAAAGUUAUUGUGUUUUGUUAUUUCAACAUAAUGAAGGUGGACCUUGUUUGGAGGCGACGCGGCGCUGCACAACUAGCAGCAUGCUGGGCAGUGCUGGCGGCGUGUGCGGCAACAUUGGCUGUGGUCCACGCCGCCAGUCCGCUGGGCCCCUCUGACAGACCUGAGGCCUACUUCAAUGGCAGCUCCUACAUCCGGCUCUCCAGACCUAUAUCACUGAAACAACUCGUCGGUCUCAGUUUCCGAACAUGCGUUGGCGGCGAGCUAUUCUCGCAGCGGUUCGAGGGGUAUACCCUGCACGUGACAGCACUGUUCGAGCAGGUGGUGGUGUCGUGGGCGCGGCCGUCGCAGCCGCACCGCGAGGUCGGGCUCGCUAAGGAAACGUUGGACAACCGAUGGCACUGGGUCGGGCUGCGGUAUAACUCCGACCCGCCGUCGCUGCUGCUAGAGGUCGAUAAAGACACGCAGAUAAUAUCGAACGUGACGUGGAACCCCGAGCUGCUGUCGCCGGGCGCGCUGGAGGCGGGCGGCGCCGUGCUGCUGGUGGGCAACGUGUUCAGCGGCUGCAUCCUCGAGGGCCCGCAGCUCGAGUUCCACGCCGCCACCUCGCAGAUCAGGAACGUCGUCUUCGGCCACUGUCCUUUGACCACAGACGAAUGUAUCGACAGGAAGGACGUGCUGCGCAUCCAGCCGAAGGACCACUGCUACAACGAACCCUGCAUGAGGCACGGCACCUGCAUCUCGCGACAUGACCGGUACGAGUGCCACUGCACGGCGCGGUACACGGGCAACAACUGCGAGGUGGACGCGGGCGACCCGUGCGCGUCGGCGCCCUGCCAGCACGGCGGGCGCUGCGUGGAGGAGCCGCGCGGCUCCUACUCGUGCGCCUGCCCCGCCGGCUACCACGGCGCCUACUGCGAGCUGGAGGAGUCGCUGGACCCGCAGUGCGUGGCCGGGCCCUGCCACCACAACGCCAGCUGCAGCGUGCCGCCCGGCGCCGACACCUACGUCUGCGCCUGCCCGCCCGGUGCUUAUACUCACUUAUUUAUACCACGCACUUAG